GUGGGAGCCGCGCGUCGCACGCCGCUGGGGGCCUGACUGAGGGGCGGCGGUCGGCCGGUCGCACGGACCGGCGAAGUGGGCAGACAGACGCACGGCGGCCGCGAGCUGCGCGCAGGUCCCGGCCACGCUUGCACCCGGAGGCAGGCGGAAGGCAGUGCCCCGCCGAAUCUCCUGCGCUCCGCCACCCACCUCCCGUGCCAGCGCCCAGCGCCCAGCGGCCAGCGGCCGCCGCCUCCACUCGGUCCGGGACCAUGAAGCUGCUGCCGUCGGUGGUGCUGAAGCUCUUUCUGGCUGCAGUGCUCUCGGCGCUGGUGACUGGCGAGAGCCUGGAGAGGAUUCGGAGAGGGCUGACGGCUGGAACCAGCAACACAGACCCUCCCACUGGAUCUACGGACCAGCUGCUACCCUCUGGAGGCGGCCGGGACCGGGAAGUCCUUGACUUGGAAGAGGCAGAUCUGGACCUUUUUAGAGUUGCUUUCUCCUCCAAGCCACAAGCUCUGGCCACCCCAAGCAAGGAGGAGCAUGGGAAAAGAAAGAAGAAAGGCAGGGGGUUAGGGAAGAAGAGAGAUCCAUGUCUUCGGAAAUAUAAGGACUUCUGCAUCCAUGGAGAAUGCAAAUAUGUGAAGGAGCUCCGGGCUCCGUCCUGCAUCUGCCACCCAGGUUACCAUGGAGAGAGGUGCCAUGGGCUGAGCCUCCCGGUGGAAAAUCGCUUAUAUACAUAUGACCACACAACCAUCCUGGCAGUGGUGGCUGUGGUGUUGUCAUCCGUCUGUUUGCUUGUCAUCGUGGGGCUUCUCAUGUUUAGGUACCAUAGGAGAGGAGGUUACGAUGUAGAAAAUGAAGAGAAAGUGAAGUUGGGCAUGACUAAUUCCCACUGAGAGAGACCUGUGCUCAAGCUGAUUUUUUCCACUUAAGACUGGACCCAGGACACUCUUAAGACCUCGUUAGACUGGACCUGGCUUUAAAUGCCUUCCUCCUGUGCUUUAGGAAUCGGCUGGGGACUGCUACCUCUGAGAAGACACGAGCUGAUUGCAGAUUCUGCAGAGGAGAUGGACUUCACAACUAUCCAUGAAGAUUCUUUGGUCCCCAGUUGCUAUCUAGAUUGGGCCUCCCAUAAUUGCUUUGCCAAAAUACCAGAGCCUUCAAGUGCCAAACAGAAUAUGUCCAAUGGGAUCUGAGUCAGAAGAAAGCAAAAGCAAGGGACCUUCAUGCCCUUCUGAUUCCCCUCCACCAAACUCCACUUCCCCCCAUAAGUUCGUUUAAACACUUAUCUUCUGGAUUAAAAUGCCAGUUAAAUUCCACAUGCUCCAGGAUCUUGGACUGAAAAAAAAGAAGAGGAAGAAGAAGAAGGAGAAUAAGAAGGAAAGAGUUGUGGACUGGAAGAAAGCAACAAGGAUUGAGAAGCCAUGUACUCAAGUAGCCACCAAGGGAUCUGCCAUUUGGACCUUCCAGCGCUGGAUUCGAUGAGCUAACUGUGAAAUACCACAAGCCCGAGAACUCUGAAUUUUGGGACUUCUACCCAGAUGGAAAAAUAACAACUAUUUUUUGUUUGUUUGUUUGUUUGUAAAUGCCUUUUAAAUUAUAUAUUUAUUUUAUUCUAUGUAUGUUAAUUUAUUUAGUUUUUAACAAUCUAACAAUAAUAUUUCAAGUGCCUAGACUGUUACUUUGGCAAUUUCCUGGCCCUCCACCCGGCAUCCUCACCAUCUGGCUCAGUGCCACCCUCCCUUGCUGCAAAGCUGAGAUGGCUCUAUGACCCAUCUAUAGUCAUUUAUUGUCUGUCCGCAUUUCUGAAGAUCUUCCAUGAUCAGAGUGCCACAGGGGGAGUUCUGUACGGUCAGGAUGUGGGGGUUAACUUGGUCAGAGCCACUCUAUGAGUUGGACUGCAGUCUUGCCUAGGCGAUUUUGUCUACUGUUUGUGUUUUGAAAGCCCAAGGUGCUGAUGUCAAAGUGUAACAGAUAUCAGUGUUUCCCUGUGUCCUUUCCCUGCCAAAUCUCAAAAGAGGUUGGGCUUCCAUGCCUGCAGCUUUCCUGGUCUCUCACCCCCAUGCCCCCGGCCCACAGAGUGGGAACUCGCUCUCCCUUGUGUCAAGACAUUUCUCUUACUCCUGCCCUUCUUCUGGUGCUACUCCAUGCGGGCAUCAGCACAGCAGAGGACAGUCUGGAGAAGGUAUUAGCAAAGAGAAAGGCUGAGGAGGAACAGGGAAUGUUGAACUGACUGUUCUUGGUAAUUGAUUACCUACCAAUUGCUACAGAGAAGGUUGGAGGUGGGAAAGGCUUUUGUGUAAUCCCACCCACCUCACCAGAACUACAAAGGUAUGCUGUCAUGGUCCCUUCUGGAAACUUCUGGUGCCAUUUCUGAACUGUUACAACCUGUAUUUCCAAAGCCGGUUCAUAUUUAUAUUUCGCAAUCCGAAUAAAGAUAACCCUUACUCC